AUGGAGGACGGUCAAGCGAAGAUAUCUGCUUAUUACUCCCUCGUCUUCCCCAACAUCACUUUCUUCCUCCAGACGCUCGCCGUCACCAUCGGCCGUCGCGCUAUCCCCACCACCACGCCCUCCUCCUCUGCCGACACUCUCCAGACUCAAGUCGAUGUCGACCUCGGACCUCUCAAGAGCGUCUCUAGGCUCCAUGCCAAGAUUGAGUACGAGGAAACUAGCCAACGCUUCGUUCUCGUCGUCAUGGGCCGUAAUGGCGCCUGGGUCGACGGUGUAUGGUCUCCUAGCGGUUCUCGUGUCCCCCUCUCGCAGAGGUCACAGAUCCAGAUCGCGUCCCGAACAUUCCACUUUGUCCUUCCCCCGCCCCCACCUCAGGAGCUUUCCCCCUCUCCCUCGUCGCCCUCGUCGCCCAGGCGUGCUCGUUCCCCGUCCGUCGAUAUUACCUCGGUCGAUGUCACUGACAUUUCUCCUCCCUCUUCCAUUCCUCCUCAUUCGCCGCCUCAGCUGCCUGUGGACAAGCCUCCGGUCAAGGCGGAGCCCAAGGUCGAGCCCAGGUCGCCUCCUCCCCAGGUGUCCAAGAAGCGCAAGAAGAUGCAUACAGAACUGCCACCUCCGCCCGCUGUUAUGCCUCCAAAACCCCAGCUGACAUAUGCUCAGUUGUGCUAUCGCGCUAUCAAAGCCAUGGGUGGGAAGGCAACAUUACACGACAUCUGUACAUGGAUGAUCGACAACUACGAUUGGUACCGGUAUAACCAGGGCCAGGGUUGGGAGAACUCGGUCCGACAUAACCUGUCUUCUGGACGGGCGUUCAAGAAAAUGGAGCGUUCGUCGGGCGAACGCGGGAAGGGUUUUUAUUGGUCCGUCGAUGAGCAAUUCGAACAUACAUUUGAGGAGCAGGCCGAGGGGGCACCCAAGGUCAAGAAGGAGAAAGUGCCUCCUCUAGAUCCCCCGCUCAAGCGAGCAGCCAAAUCAGGCCCAUUGCCGCCUCCAUUGACGAACACGCCACUUCCUUUGAAGAGUCCGUUUUCGACCACUCCUCUUCCUCCUCCUGGCCAGGUUAUUGUUAAACAAGAGCCGGCCGCUCCGCCUACCUUGGCCUCAGCUAUGGCUGCUGCAGCUGCCUCCACAUCAGUCGUGUUGGCAUCUGUAACACCACCCGCCCCAGGCGCAACCGGUCCAGCAAAUCCUGCAAACUCGGUAUCGACAACAACUGCAUCUACACCUACCCUGCAGCCCCUGCACUCCCCUCCCCCUCCCGCAUCCACUCCCUCUCUUGCCCUGCCCGCCUCUGUCACUCUGCCCAUUGUUGUCGGUCCACUUCCCCCGUCACAUCCGCAGGCGCAAGCUUCGAAUCCCCAGCCAAUUGUACUUCACAAUAAUUCGCUUAUUCUUUCGCCGGCUAUAUUCUCGCAUCUUACCCCGGAGCAGCUGAAGGAGCUGGAGGCUCUCGGCGCCCAAAAGGCCCUUGAAAUUUUGCAAGGUCAUAUCGUGCGUUAUCUGAAGGAGAAGAUGCGGAGUGGUCGGGGACGAGGGAGAGGGCGUCGAGGAGCUGCGGGAGGGGCUGCAGGAAGGGGAGGCAAGGGUGGGGGUGAGAGAGGAGAUGGAAGGCUUAGCGAGGCUACGAACGAUGGAAAGCAAGGUAGUCCCUUUACGAACGUCCCUUUACCUCCCAGGACGGACUCGACGGCACCAACGAAGUUUGCUUUGUCAGCCGGGAAGACUGGAGAGACAUCAACCUCCGCGAAUGCUUCAACAGCUGCAGCACUCGACGCUCCCCCCGCUCGCUCAGAAUCACCUAUUAUUGUCGUCGAUGAUGACGAUGACUUGGACAUGCAUUCGGCAAAGCGCCCGCGACUUGAAGGAGAGGGCGAGCCCCUCAGUAUUGUCUAGCGAUACUACAGUCUCGCUCCUCUUGCCGACCUCUGAUCACCUGUUGAGACUCUUGGUUUAUUGCGGAUUAGGAUGAAGAUUCACCCCUUGACACGAUUCAAACGACUCGCAACGACACGAUACCUCGCUACACGUUGGCUCAGCACCAUAUUUAUCCGUCAGAUGGCGGCUUUUAGCUAGACAAGGCGACUACAAGGCUUCGUGACUUGGGCGAUUCGGCUGGCCGUCACUACUUUUCUCGACGGACGGUUACACAGACUCUUAUCGCAUAGAGGGCUGCACAAAUGGCGGCUGAUGUCCUCCAUGUCACGGUUCCUUGGGUUUCAUAUCGCCUCACAUUUGUAUCUUUAUCACAUCGGCCCACCUGCAUCAUUGCAUGCAGCCUUGGCCUAUCUAGUACAUACUCGCAUACAUACGCACAUACCAUCUACUGUACACACGACGUAAUGACGACCGACACACGCAUAGAUUGACGCGUUGUACAAGCUAUAAUUUCGCUGACAUCAACACUGCUAUCGCUUUGAAGUAGUGGCUGUUAGCAUGUUCGAAGGCUAAUUCGUUGGAUGGAUGGUAUUAUUAUCUUGCC